AUGGACAUCGAAGCAGUCCAGAAACUUACAUUAGGUAUCUUUGUUGGCAUCUUCGUUCUGCUGUUUGGAAUUUGGUUGAUACGUCGUGAAAAGAUGAAAAGAAUGAAAGGCAGCAAACUCAAGCGGAAGUACUUUAGUCACAAGGAGGGCAUAUUGUUACAACAUCAACUGGCCAAUCAUGAGGCAUAUGCUGAGAGAAAAAUGAAAAUUUUUACUUUCAAAGAACUUCAGAAGGCAACAAAUGAUUUUGAUCCCCAUAAGAAAAUUGGUCGAGGGGUUCUUGGAUCAGUUUACCAAGGAAUACUACCAGAUCAAACAGUGGUUGCCAUAAAGAAGUUGAAAGUAGUCAAUGCUGCAAGAAUUGUUAAUGAGCUGAUUGCUCUUUCUCAGAUCAACCACAGAAAUCUGGUGAGGCUCUUAGGCUGUUGUUUACAGACGUGCAAGCCUUUACUUGUUUACGAGUACUACUCCAAUAUCGGCACUCUUUAUAACCACACCUAUGGGAGACAAUCAUCACCAUUUUCAUUGGAACUGAGAAUGGAAAUAGCUGUAGAAACCGCAGCUGCACUGGCAUACUUGCACUCCUCCACUUCCAAGCCAGUAAUCAUACACCAAAACGUGAAGACAAUGAACAUACUAUUGGAUGAUAAAUACAUGGUAAAGCUGACAGACUCUGGAUUUUCACCACUCCGGGGACGCACUAAAAUGCAAAGGACACUUGGAUACUUGGACCCUGAAUGGUCUUCACUCAAACACAUUAACCGCAAAGAGUGACGUCUACGGCUUUGGAGUUGUUCUAGCGGAGCUAAUAACAAGCAGAAGGGGAGCUUCACCCCAUAGGCCUGAGGCAGAGAGAAGCCUGGCACAUGUCUUUGACAGGGCAGUGGAAGGCGACAUUGGGGACUUGCAUGAAAUUCUGGAUGAAGAAAUUCUUGUGGAAGACAGAGAAAAAGUUGAAAAAGUGGCAGAUUUGGCAUAUAGAUGCAUAAGGGAAAGAGGGGAGGAAAGACCUUCCAUGAAAGAAGUAGCCAUGGAACUCGAGGCAUUGCGAAUAAUGGCCAAGCAUCCAGAAGGCAAGCUUAGUAUCUCCAAUUCUCAUCUAAAGACUAAGCAUCCAGAGGGCAUGCUUAGUUUCUCAAACACUUGUGUUGUUGAUGUUAGAGGUGAAGGCUUUGAUGAUGGUUCUAGCAGUAUCAGAACACAUACAGAAAAAAAUGGAUAUAGUAAGCUGCAAGAAGUAGAUUAUUAUUUGACCUAAAUUUACAUAUGUAUUGCUACUUUUAUCAGCACUUGUAUAAAUAAUGAGUCGCGUAUAAAACCCUGUUUCAGACUUGUUAAUUUGUUAUGCAAGCAUCAUAUUAAUAUAGCAAAAUAGCAUUGCUGUUGAAAUAGAGCAAGCAUAAAAUAA